AUGCAGACUCUUAGAACUACCAAUGUAAAAAAGGUAUUUCCUGGGGAGUACUAUCACUUUGGGCUUCAAUGUGGUAUAAUUCAUUUUUUAAAACAACAUCCUUUAUUUUGUACAUCAAAUUCUACUAUUAGUGUAAUGAUAAAUAUAGAUGGACUCCCAAUAGCAAAAUCGUCAAAUAGUCAAGUUUGGCCAAUUUUGGGAUCAAUUUAUGAAUAUAAUCAUGUUUUUAUAAUGGGUAUAUACUUUGACAAAGAACAUAAACCAGCUAGUUCUAAUGAAUUUUUGCAUGAUUUUGUUCAAGAAUCUAAGUAUAUGACUGAAAAUGGAUUUGAGUUUAAUGGUCACAAGUAUAGAUUCCAUAUAAAAGGAAUAAGUGCUGAUGCUCCGGUAAAAUCAUUUAUGUUAUGCAUAAAAAGUCAUGGAGGAUAUUCCAGCUGUACCAAAUGUACAACUGAAGGUACAUAUAUAGAACGGCGAGUUUGUUUCCAUUCGGAAACGAUUGUCUUGAGAACUGAUUUAGAUUUUGACAAUUAUAAAGACGAAGAUUAUCAUAUGGGAAAAAACUGCACUUACUGA